AUGGACCACAACGUGGCAUUUUUCAUUCUCUUGACCUGCCUGGCCGUCUCCGACAGUGUCCAGGGAACGCUACAGUUCUCAGCAAACGUCCCAGAAAACGCUCACGCGGGGAAAACCGUCACCAGUGUACGGCCGGCCAUAGGGGAAGGUCGGGAGGAAGUAAGAUGUGAAAUUGUCGCCGGAGACAAGAACAGACGCUUCCUUGUGACCAACUGUGUGAUCCAAGUGGCGCGUCCGUUAGAUUAUAACGUCGACCCGAGCUAUAACCUGACGGUAAACGUCACUAAGUCCUUCGGAAACCCCGAGCAGCUGUAUGUUGAUGUACAAGUCCAAGACGUGGAGGGAUACCCGCCUGUUUACAACGACACGUGCGAAAUGCCGACUCGGAAUGGUCCGGGGAAGUCAGGCGAUUUGAACCUAGAUAUGAAAUUGACAGCCGAGGGUAUUGCAAUGGAUGUAGGAGAGGUAUUUGUCUCAAAAUACAUUCAUUACGAAAAAGAAAGGGACCCAUUUUCGAUUUCAGAGCAGUAUAUUUUUUUCACCGAUAACGAGAAUUGUCUGGUGCAGGUGAUAUGGGAGCCAUUCAAUUCUUAUGACACCAUAACCGCUCAAUCGCUCUCGGACUCCCUAGUAGAACAAUGCGUGCAAUGUGUUAGUUCGGCAGGCGUGGCAUCCGUCGUCCAAUUCGAAAUAUUUAAAAGGUGGUCCGGAUUUAACCCAGAGGCAAAGAAUUCCCGCAAAUGUUAUCUGGGGCCCAUUCCUGAAACUGGGGGAUACUUUAUACUGGCCGGUUCAUUCGUGCUUUCUUCCAACAUCAAAAACCAUUUUACGUGCAAGCUACCAGAAGAUAUCUCAAUCUCUGUUUUUAUAAAUGAUAUGCAUCAGAAAACAAUACCUGUACGUUUAGAAUUUGAUUUCAAGCCAGUCGGAUGUCCCUCUAACAAGUACGGCGUGUUUUGUGACCAGAACUGCACCUGUGAGAACGGUGCCCGCUGCCAUGGGCUGAACGGGGCCUGCAAGUGUCAGCCUGGAUGGCAGGGUGUCGUCUGCGACAUACCUCACAGUACAGUGGUCAUCAUCGCGACCCCUGGCGACUCGACACGGAUUCACAUCACUGGCUCUGUAACGCUGCACUGCAAGGUUUUCCAUCUGGCUGCUGACAGGAUGAUGUGGACAUUUCCUAAUAAAACGGAAAAGUGGCUGCAGGGCGCUCAGGAAGAUCGUGUAAGGAUCCACAACAUACAGUCCGAACACAACGGUACCUACACCUGUACUGUGUUAACGGCAGACGGGACUGCCAUUAACGCAAGUUAUGAGCUUCAGGCCGUGGCUUGUCCUCCCAGAAAAACGGGUGAAACGUGCGAAGAGGAGUGCGUCUGUAGCCAUGGUGGCAGCUGUGACCGGUGGGCCGGCUGUGUGUGCCCGCCGGGAUGGACAGGAAACACGUGUCAGACCUCCUGCCCAGUUGGCACCUACGGACAGGGUUGCAGCAGACGGUGUCGGUGUCAGCAUGACGCCACCUGCUCCCCUACCGACGGCCGGUGUAACUGCACGGAAGGCUGGUUCGGCAGUAACUGCAGCAGGCCCUGCCCCGCAGGUCUGUACGGAUGGAAAUGUCGGCAUGUUUGUGCCUGUAAGAACAACGCCACGUGUCACAACGUGGAUGGAACCUGCGCCUGCGUGCCACCCUGGACUGGUACGAGGUGUGGCGACAUCAAAACGGACACAUACACAUACACAUUCCCGGUGUCUCUCCAGAUUGCCACACCCCUGGUACUGACUCUGCUAGUCGCUGCACUAGUUUUGUUUAUAGUCUAUAAACGGAAGAAAGCUAGACGAGCGGAACAUGAAAACAAUCUAGAGGAGACCAUGGUUGUACUGGAGCUGAGAAACAUGGAAGAAGACCUGGCGCAGAGUUUGCAGCCCGGCUGGCUCAACCGGUGGGAGAGGAACGCCGACGAUCUGACUUUGGACGAACUGGUCGGGCUGGGCGCGUUCGCACAGAUCAGAAGAGGACGGCUUCGUACGGCUGACGGUGACGUCACGGUGGCGGUCAAGUCCGUCCGCAUGGAGGACAGGCGGUGCUACCGAGCCUUCUGCCGGGAAGUCGCCGCGCUGAUAGCCGUGCACAAAAACGGUGAGGAAGAAAAUGGCGGACAUCCCAACAUCGUCAAGCUCUUUGGGGUCGUCACGAUAUCCACACCAAAGUGUAUUCUGUUGGAAUUCGCUGCAAAAGGAGAACUUUUGCUCAUUCUAAAACAACCUCGGCAGAACCAUCCUCUUGGCAGGUUUGUCCGCUAUGCCGUCCAGAUAUCCCGUGCCCUGGAGGAGCUCCGACGUCUGCGUAUCGCUCACGGGGACGUGGCCGCCCGAAACGUCCUGGUCAGCGGCGAUGACGUGGCCAAACUUGCUGACUUCGGUCUGGCCCACGACAUCUACACCGAGACUACCUACGUGCCCGCAGUCAAUGACGACGUCGACGAACUCCUGCCCCUGAAGUGGAUGGCUCUGGAGUCGCUGGAGUCUCGCGAGUUCACGUGCGAGAGCGACACGUGGUCGUUCGGCGUGCUGCUGUGGGAGAUCGCCACCUUCGGGGAGGAGCCCAGCUACCAGCGCCAGCGCCAACUGAGCUGUCCCAAGUUGGUGGGGCUCCUGAGGCAGGGGGUCCGUCUGGACAGGCCGCCCGGAUGUCCGGACAAGCUGUAUGACGUCAUGAAGUCGUGUUGGCGGGAGGAGCCGUCGGCAAGACCAGAGCCGGCAGAACUGGAGCAGAGGCUGACGGGAUGUGGCAAAGAGUUGGACCCACUUCUGGCUGUGGAUAAUUAAAUCCUGGCUUGAAUAACGAUGCAAA